AUGGAUCCAUUCGAACUCCUCAACACCAACCCAAGGCAGAGGCAAUAUAUCGAACAUGAAUUUUCAACUCCACCAGAUCCUAGCUUAUCACCAUUCCCACCUGGUAGUGAUGCUACAGAAGAAGAUUCACCAGCUCGCACAAUAAAAGCUGAUAAAGAACGGCGCUUUCUCAAAUAUAUGUUCCUCAAGGACACCAGAGGGCAUGCUUCUCGACACAGUCGAUGCGAAGAUGCGGAUGAUUUCUACAAUGAUAAUAUUAAUGAAAGUCAGGAAAAUGUGGCGUAUUUCAAAGACAGUUAUCCAAGAACAACAAAUUCCUCUGAUCUCGGGAUUGAAGUCGGUGUACUUAAUGCUUAUGAUAUAUUUGAUGUUCAUAUUCCACAUAAGUUACAUGAUUUUGACCCAGAAAGCUGUACGAAUGAGCUUAAUUAUGAUGAUGCUUUAAGUUUCAAAAAAAUCAGACACCUUGAAGUAUCGCGUUUUCAAUCCAUGAGGUACAAAAACAACUUGGUUGAAAGCUAUCAAGAUUACUUGUUCAUUGCCUCCAAAUAUAGAAUUUUGGUUUUCAAGGAUGAGCUGCAGGUAAAAACAAUUGAUGUUACACCCAGCUUCACAACAGUUAGGCAUAGAAGUGCUGCAACCUGGUCUAGUUCCCCACACACUAUCAAUUACUUGAAGGUUUCCAAACUAGCAGGUAGAUCUGUUCUUUCGUGUGCCAUUGAUGAUGGUCGGGUAUUGAUUUAUGACAUACAUGACUUUUUCAUUAAAAGUACCCAUUCUGUUCCCAAAUAUGAAUUGAAGUUGUCAUCAUCUGUUUGGGGUGUUGAUACCUAUAGAAAUAUGGUUGCCGUCUCAGAUAAUAGUCAAACAGUUACACUUUUCCUUUUCGAAGAGAGUGGGAUCUACCACUGUACUUCAAACCAAAUAAUUCACAAUAUACCUACUGUUUCAUUUGUUGAUAUAGACGAAAGGAAUACUGUUUAUGUCUCCUGCGUUUCGAUUUCAGGUGAGUUUAUAAUAUUUAAAUUUGAGACUUUCACAAACGUGGGGCCAGUUGCUCAACCACCAUAUGAAUACUCCCUAUCAAUAGAUAUUGUUGACGUUUUACUUCCAAUGUUUUCCAAAUAUGAAUUUCGCUGCACAAUACUCAGUCGGACAGUUCUCCAAGAAGACGCUUGGGCUACACAUUUCAUUGAUGACAAAUACUUCAAAGAGGUGACCACUCCAGACUACUUGGGUAGUGCAAAUUAUAUUGAUGUUGAAAAGAUUUUGCUCUACUCUAAAGAAUUGAAUUUAAUGAGUGACCAUCUUUUGACCUCAGAUUUGGGUGGAGGAGCCUGGUUUGAGGAAAUUGGAUUAGAAACUCCUUCUCAAAGGGGAACAGCCACAGAAAACAGACUCAACAGGUUUACAGAUAAAUUCAGCAGGAUACGCAAGCUGUAUUUUAGUACAUCAUUUGAUGAAGCGUUGUCACCAAUCCCCAAGCCUCCCUAUCACGAUAAAUUUUUAUUUGUUGCUACUGCUUCUAAAAUAGGAUUAUACAGGUUUGGUAAUUUGGUUUGUAAUGCAACAUCAGAUAGGCUAUUUAGCUAUAGAUUGAGUCAAGAUCUGAGAUUUUCCAAUAGAUUAUCAAUAACAAAAGUCAUUCCAGAAUUAUCAGCUGUUAUUGUUGCAUCACAAGCUGGAUUCUUUGCCAUAUUUAGACUAUUCAACCCGAUGAGACAAUUAUUGGUUUAG